CCGUCUCCCUCUUCCCUCGGUUGAAGUGACCCUUGCUAGCGCAGACCCCUACGUGUAUAGACUGCGGACCAUGGGCCGUUUUUAGCACUUUAUGCAGGAGACUCCCGGGGGUGGAAGCCUCUCACACUCGGACACCAGAGCGCGGAACCCUCGAUGCCGCGGGGAGAGAAUGGCCUGUUAAUUUUGCUAGGAAUAGUGGUCCUUCCCCAAAGUAUUGGAGCCCAGGAAAGGUAAAAAGGGGAGACCGCGUCCUCGCUGGGGCCUCUGCCUUCAUAUGGUCCUAUUCAUCCAGUGCCCCAAUUACGCGCCACGGGGGAGAGACGGCCUAAAAUCAUUAGCUCCACAUACAAGUCUGGGAAGGUCCCAGCCUCCCGAGGCUCAACAGCUUUCCCCUGGAGCCCAGAAUACCAGCUCCCUGCAGCUGCUCGUGACGGAAGUUCAACCAUUGGAGGAGAGAAACACGCACACACUGGAGGGGAAAAAGCGGUUUGCACAUGUUCGCUUUCUCCUGGCUUGGGCUUUUUAGUGGAAAGGUCGGGUUAUCUGCAGAGGCGCUAGAGAGGAGAAAAGAGAAGGGUGCUUGGGGGACUCCCGUCCCUUAGUAUUGCCAGGGGCAGCGGGGAAGGAGACCUUGGUGCUGAUGGGGGUAGGACUGCAGUAGAGUAUCUAGCCUCUUAAAAUUUGCACACACGGGCGUCCUCGAGCAUCCUCACAUUGCGGUGGUCUUAAGAAUUAAAGCAACCCCUAAGCCUGAUGGCUUCUGCACUGAACAGCAAGAUUCACCAGCCUGGGGCAUGCAAUGGCUCCAAAACAGCUCAUCGCAGCGGCGGCGGUUCGAGAGAGGAGUACAGCCAGGAGAUCCACGUGAAAAUGUGCAAGAAGAUCGCCCAGCUCACCAAGGUGAUUUAUGCCUUGAACACUCGAAAUGAUGAGUAUGAAGCCAGUGUGGAGGCUCUCAGAGAAGCUCACCAAGAUGAACUUCAGAACAUUGUUGCUGAGACCAAGGCCAAGCUCCUACAGGAUCAGAGCAGCACGCUAGAGCAAGACCUUCAGAAGCGCAUUCAGUCCCUAGAAGAUGCCCUGGCAGAGCAGAAGAAGCUGACAGAGGAAGCUCUGGCAGAGUCCGCCAUGUAUAAGAAGCAGACAAAAGAAAAAGAGUUGAGAGCAGAGACCGAACAUGCCGAGAGGAUCAUUUCCCUCUCCAAGGAGAUGCUCGACCUCAAAGCUGACUUUGAGAAGAAACUUCAACACCAAAACCAAGAGUCCUCGGAGAGCCCCCAGAAUGAAGGCAGGGGGUUUGCUAAAGAGAACCCUAACACAGAGGAAGAGCUGGCCCAAAGCCACAGUGAGGAGAUGCUGAAGGCACACAGGACAUUGGAAAAGCUCAGAGCUGAGAACCAGCAGCUCAGCAAGGACUAUGCCCUGAAAGCCAAGCAGCUCCAGGCCAUGCAACAAUCCGUGGCUGAGGCCCUGAGGCAGUGGCAGCAGGAGGAGGCUGAGCUGAGGAAGAGUUUCCAAGUCCAAGAAAUGGCUCUACAAGCCCAAGUGAAGAGGCUGGAAAUAGAUUUGCAGUCUAAAUGCCAGAGAAUAAGUGACUUAAAGAAGUAUUCCCUGAAACUAAAGGAAAAGAUUCAAGACUUGGACAUCCAGCUCAGGGCAGCACAGCGAGAAAACUUGGAAUCCAAAAACACUGCAAAAAUCCUUGGGGAGAAACUAGCUAUUGCAACAGAGAAACUCAUGCUGCAGGAAUGCCAGAUAUUGCAGGAAACAGAUGAGAUGAAGACGUUACUUGGUUCCCAGAAUGAAGCAGAUGUCUUCAAAACUGCCAGUUUCUGCCUGCAGCAAGAACAGCUGUCCAUCACAGAAUGUACAUGUGCCAAAAGGAGUGAAGAUGCCCAGGCCAAGGAGGCUGGAGCUGCUUUUGAGAGAGAAUAUUUGAAGCAAAAACAUGAAAUUGAGCUUCAAAAAAUCAGGCAUCAGACAGAAGAGGUGAGAACACAUCUCAGGGAGCAGCUGGUGAAGGGAUUAGAAGACUUGGUAAAGAAACACACCAUGGAAAUCAAAUCAACUCAGUCGUCCAUGGAAGCAGAAAGAAAGAAGCUACAAAAGGAGGUUCAAAAACAGUUAGAGGAAAUGAAGAAGAAAUCUGAGAAUGAAAGGAAACGACUGGAAGAAGAGAAAGCUGCCCUGAAUAUGAAGCUCCAGGAUUCUUUGCUUGAGGAACAAUGCUUCAAACAUAGUGAACUUUCUAAGACACCAUCUGAGGGAAGAAAAUGCCAAGAACAAUUAGCUGUAGAAAUAGAAACCACCAAAGAAGAGGAAGAAAGGUUGGAAAGAUCCUGCAGAUGGAAAGAUAACAAACAGCCCCCUCUCCUGAAAGAGGAGGCGUCCCAAACACAGACUUUGCCAGAAGAUUGGCAGAACCAGAGAGCCAGUUUGGAAGCACAGAUUUCCCAGAUGAAGCAGGCUCUGGAGCAGUCUGCCCAUAACUACAGAGAGGAUCUGCAAGAGCUGAAGCAAUUGUCUGACAAAGAACGGGAGAAGCUUCUUCGGGAACUUCAAGAUCAUAUCAGACAGAGCCAGACUGCUAAAGCCCAGCUGGAAGCCUCCCAUCAAGAAGCCCUCAAGAUCAUGGAAGACGCCAAAAACCAAGAACUGAAGGAGGUUGAGGAGCGCCUAAAGAAAGAAUACAGUCACACCUUCCAGAUUCAGCAUCAGUCUCACCAACUGGAACUCCAGGCCUUGGAAGAAAAGGCAAGCAAAGACCUUCAGGGGGAACGUGAGAGGAUACAGAAACAGCAGGCCCUCUUGCUAGAUUCUCUCAGGCUGGAGUUAUCAGAGCAGCAUUCGUCCUUUAUCAGCCAACAGAAGGAAAUAGAGGAACUCGAGACUGAACUGAAGAAUCUGAGGGGACUGAAGAAACAACAGGAAGGAAGCAGCCAGAGCCAGAUCAAUUCUCUUACCGGGACAGUGGAAAAGUGUCAGAGGGAGAUGGCCGGUCUUAAGAAUGAGAAUUCCCUUCUGAAGGAGACUUUGCAGCUGCUCAGUGCCGAGGCUGAAAUGCAAAAACAAGGGGCCAUCCAGCUGCAGGAGAGGGAAAGGCAGCAGCGCAGGUUGCUGGAAGAAGACCUUCAAGUCAAGCAUAAACAAGAAAUGGAAACCUUGAAACAAGAUCAUAGGAAAGAAAUCCAAAGCAUGGUGUCUGAUUUCAGCAGCACUCAGGCUCACCUGCAAAAGAAGAUCGUCUCCUUGGAAACAGACCUUAAAGAUGCAGAAGAGAAACUACGGAAAUGGGAAUCCAGACCGGAAGAUUUACAUCUCAUAAGCAUUUUGCAAAACAGAUUAAGUGAGCGAGAAGAAAUCAUCAAACAGUUAACGGAGGAAAGAAGAUUUCAGUGUGCUGCAUUGCCAAACACUCUCUCUCAUCGGAAUAGAUCCUUUUCUUUCAAUCCUCAUCCAGGCUAUUUGACCCCCUCCAUGAAGAAAAAGAAAAUGGAGGAAGUUCCCAGCCGGGUUGUCAGUGUGCCAAACUUAGCCUCCUAUGCAAAGAAUUUACUGAGUGGUGAUUUGAGUUCCAAGAGAAAUGCUGCACCAAUAACCAAAUCACCAAGCUUAGACCCAAGUUCCAGCUGUGUUAGGUCUGGUCAUCAGCCAGUCAAAUCUCCACAUGCUAAAACUGCCACAAGGACUGAAGACAAUGAAAAAACCCAAGCCAAAGAAGUCCAAAAACAAGGUUCUCAGCAUCAGGAAUGGUUUACAAAAUACUUUUCAUUUUAGACUGACCUUUUAAACAUAACUUAAUAACAUUUGAGAAAAAAAAAAUUUUUUUUCAAAAUGUCCAAUUUAGGGAAUGGAUUGAAACAUAAAAGGUCACUUUUGCUAUGUAAUUACACGUCAUAGCUUAAAAUAAUUUUAGGAUUAAUAUUCUAUAAUGGGUUCACUAAAGAAGUUCCUUAGAUCAAGGUAAGAUCAUUUCCCUUCCUACUUGAAUACUCUAACAAAUUAUUUACUCAGUGUUAACAAGAAAGCACUCAUAGGAAAAUUUUCCAUAUGGGUUUUAUGUCACAUUUCUGGUGUUCACCACCUUUAGAGAAUGCUAGUCCUUUCUUGUGAACUGUGUAGUUGGCUUUAUAUGUGAUUUUGUUGGUCUAGAAACAAAUAUUUGACUUUUAGAAAUGACUUGACUAGAAAUAUUUUUUCUGUAAGAUAAUGUAUUUACUGUGGAGCAUAUGUUAUCAGUAGCAAAAGGAAUAAAAGGAAUUUUCAUUGACAGGAAGCUCAUUGAUAGGCAUAGAGGCUUUAGACCCACUUAUCUCACUGUGGGCUCACUGCAUGGAACUUCUGUAGAUUUAAAGGGGAGCUCUACACUCUAAAGUGUAAAUGGAUUUGGGUGAAUCUGGUCCCAUUUGAACCAGCGGGCUGUUUCAUAGCAUUAGACGUACUAGUUUUUACAAACUCUUAGUCUGUUCAUUAAAUUCACUUUGCACCUGGUGGAACUAUGGGAUUUGACAGGACCCAAUACAAAUCUUAUGAUGCAAAAUAACCUCAGCCCUUUGGUGCUGGCCUAAAUGGUGCUCCAUGAAAUUCUUAUUCCAGUAUAUGUUGUUUACUCUAUGUACUGUGUUACUUGCUGAGAUAAAAAAAUCUUCCUGUACUGCCAAUUUUUAAGUCUUUGCUCUGAAUAAAGCCAACAACUGGUAAGUCAAAAUAGUUCUAUUAUGUGUCCUUCAGCAGAAAGGUGGAUGUCACAAUUCAAGGCAGAGGCCAGGAUGGAUGGAAUGAUCGUUGUCAAAGUGACACAUGACUAGAUUUUCACUUUAGCAGAAAACAGUUUUGUAUACUUAGGCCUGAAAGAAAAAAAUGUGUUCAGUGCUCUAGAAGCUCAUUUACCAUUAAAAUUUUCACAUACAUAUCCAUGGUAAGCUAAAACACAAAGAUCCAGGGAGGAUUUUUAAAAAUACAGCUACUGGUCACCACACAGAAUUCUGACAUGUUAUUUACAGAAGAAGGUUUUUCUUUUAUUUUCUUCCUUUCUUCAUUAUGCAUAAUGAGCACUGGUAAGACAGUCUGCUUUAUUUCUUAUGUUAGAGACAUGACACCCAUGCUUUUCUUUUGCCCCAUAGAAAAG